AUGGGUGUUUUCGACGCCGUACGUGGUCGCGACGACAAUGGUCGCAUGACCCAGUCGGUUGUUGAUACAACGAAUUUCAAAGAAUCGAAGCAUGCGCACUCCGACGCGGCUGGCACUAAUGCGGUUGAGGCACCUCCAGUCUACGAAUCCCAGACACCUAGCGACUCUGACUCGGCUUUCGGUGUCAAUGGCGUUCUCGAUGAUGAACAGGAGGUCAAGCAGAACCCCGAGCAUGUCACGGACAAGGCUGGUUUGGGCCAACAGAAGGCCGAAGCCGCAGCUUUGGUCUGGAGUCGCCCGGCUGUCGCUGGUAUCUAUGCAUGGAUUUGGGUGGGCUUCUUCAUGCUUGCCUUCCACUCCGCGAUUAGCUCCAGUUUGAUGAACUGGGUUUACGGCAGUUUCCAAUCGGCUCCACAAAUUUCAACCUCAUAUAUCCUGGCCAGCAUAAUCGGUGGAGUUCUGAAGCUUCCCCUGGCCAAGACCCUGCAGCUGUGGGGUCGCGCAGAGGCUCUGUUGUUCUCGACUGCCAUCUACAUCGUCGGCAUGAUCAUUCUGGCCGCAUGCAAUGGUCCGAAUGCUUUUGCAGCUGGAUACGUCCUGUAUUGGAUUGGAUACUACUGCAUUUAUCUGAUUCUGGAUAUUUUCGUCGCGGAUACCACUGGCCUGCGCUCGCGAGCCUUCGCUUUCGCUUUCGCCUCGACCCCAUUUAUCUGUACCGCCUUCACCGGUUCGUUGGCCGCGCAGUCGAUCUACAACACUUCUGGCUGGCGCUGGGGAUAUGGAAUGUUCUGUAUCAUCCAGCCUGUCGUCUUUUGCCCUCUGGCCCUGCUGUUCAAGUUCUAUGAGCGCAAGGCCAUCAAGAUGGGUGUCUGGCAGCCCAGGAACAGCGGACGCACUAAGAUGCAGUCGAUCAUCCACUACUUCCAUGAAUUUGAUGUCAUUGGUGCCUUCCUGCUUAUGGCUGCUUGGGUCAUCUUCCUGCUGCCCUUCAGCUUGGCCCAGUAUGGCCGCUCUCAGUAUAAGUCAGCCACCUUCAUCGCAAUGGUUGUUAUCGGCUUCUGCAUGCUCUUCGUCUUUGCUGCGUGGGAGAAAUGGUUCGCCCGCCAUCACUUCAUUCGCUAUGAACUGCUGAAGAGACCCACCAUUCUUGGUGCAUGUGUCUGCUCUGCGGUUUCUUUCUUCAGCUUCUACCUUUGGGAUCAGUACUUCUACAACUUUGUACUGAUUACCUACAACUUGGACAUUAGCAUGGCCGGCUACAUGAUCCAGAUUUACAACGUGGGAUCGUGCUUCUGGUCUCCGAUUCUGGGUCUCAUCAUCUGGUGGACCAGGCGGUUCAAGUAUAUUGUGUUGUUCUUCGGUGUUCCGCUGAUGCUGCUCGGCUCUGGCCUGAUGAUCUAUUUCCGAGGCGGAGAACACGGAAUUGGAUACAUCGUCAUGUGCCAGAUCUUCAUCGCUUUUGCAGGAGGCACCAUCGUCAUCGGUGAGGAUAUGGCUGUCAUGGCCGGUGGUGGUCGUGAGGGUACUCCUAUGAUGCUGGCCUUAAUUGGCCUGUUCUCUAGCAUUGGUGGUGCUAUCGGCUAUGCCGUGUCUGCUGCCAUCUACAACAAUGUGUUUGUGGAUGCUCUGACCAGCCACUUGCCUGACGACCUCAAGGCCAACGCGACCACGAUCUACUUCGAUGGCAUCAACGUGCAGGACACUUACGCGGUGGGCUCUCCCCUCCGCGAUGCUUGCAUUUACGCUUGGGGCUAUGCCCAACGUAUGAACUGUAUUGCCUCGACCUGUAUUCUGGUCCUGCUCAUCCCUGCCGUUGCCGUGUGGAAGAACUACGAUGUCGGCAAGAAGCAGAACAAGGGUACCAUGCUUUUCGACUAA